AUGUCGUCCACCGGCGGACCUACAGCUGUUCCUCCACCACCUUCGUCAACACGGGAACCGCCCACGCCGUCUUCAACAAGGGAGCCACCUCCUCCCUCCAACACCCCACCUCCAUCGUCCUCUCCACGGCCGUCCCAAACCGCGGAACCUCCCCAGCCUUCGUCAUCGUCCCGGGUGACAACCCCACCACCUCAAUCAAGCGUUGUUCCUCUUCCUCCGCCAGUGACCCAGACAAUUAUUUCGUCGCGGACUCAAAACCCAGGACCAACCCCAUCCCUCACUAGGAACACUCGCACGGUUCUUGACCCAACAGAGACGAAUCCAAGUGAUGCCCAGCUCCUGGACGCUGGCGAUGGAAAGAGCAAAGGGUUUCCAGUCGGUGCUGGAGUGGGUAUCGGGGUAGUUGCUGCUGGCUUCCUCAUCGCCAUUGUAGGCUUCAUAUGGAUUCGGAAACGAAGAGAUCGGUUAACAAAUACGGCCCGACUGGACUUUAACAAUCCAGAUUCGCACGGAAGUUUGUGGAGACAGGAGAGCGGGGUCAAACCCGCCGUAGCAAGUGUACCCAUUGCAUCUGCAGCAUCGAAUUCUGCUGCCACGAGCGCUGCUACUCUAGCUGCACCCGCUGUUGCCGCCGCUGGCCCAGGCAUGACCAGUCGUCCAUCAUCUAUGCUUCCUACUGGGGCGUAUUAUGGCCCGAACGCUUAUGAUGGUUAUUACGCACAACAGCCACAAACAUACGCCUACUACGAUGCGCCCAAUACAUCUCAGGUCCUACCAUACGGAUAUUACCCCGCACAAGGGUACGAGUAUGCCGACCCGUACUAUGGACAUCAGUAUGCAGCAUACGCACCCCAACAGCAGUAUGCCGACAUGCACCCAUCGGAGCCAUAUGAUCCCAAUUCGAUCGAUGCACAUCAAUUUCCGGAAGGGACAAAGGUUGCUGGCUCGACGACAACGCAAGGUGCCUCUAAUCCGGCUCCUGACCAGAAGAAGGGAUGA